GCUCAAUAAUAUAGACCUGCAGUCAGAGCAUGUUUUUAUAAUGUUGUCACUUCACAUGAGAAUUUUUUCCUCUGCGUAAUUUCCAGGCUCCCUUUUUCCCCGCGUAACUUCAUAGUCGGCCAACCAUUAUUUUCCGUCUUCUUCCCAGACUUUUUUCCUUUUUCUUUCUUUUUUUUCAUGUAGGCUAAUAUACAGCCAGGCCGGCGCUGCAAUUUCGGAAUCUGCCCUUGUAUAUGGCGGACGAAAUUUCCACAGGAGGAACCGCAACACAAACCCCCCGCGCGAGGCACAAACGGAGAGCUCGCCACGGACUGAAGAAGCAGUUGUGCAGUCACCUCUGGUCGGGGAGGGAAGAUUUCUGGAGCGGGGAGCCUGUUUCGCAUGAGCUGCAUCGUUUUUGGAGAAGCACGGGCUCAGAGGAGGUGGAGUCAUGAGCGCACAAGAGGCACCCAAUCCCGGGAAGGAGCAGGCGGACGGCGGGAGUGCGGCCACAGAUGGCCCCUCACCAACCUUAGCCCCAAAGACCAAGAGCACAUCUCCACCACCUGUUACAGUGAAGAAGGAGCCCGGGACCUCAGAGACGAGUAACGGGAAAGUGGGUGAUGCCAACCCCGCUGAGAUCUGUGUUGUCAUUGGAGGAGCUGACGGCGGAGCAAGCGGAGGUGGAUCCCGUAGAGCUCAGACCGAGGGUAUGUUUGCCCUUGGUACUCCUCCUCCAACGAAGAGCACAGACUCAUGCAUAGGUUCCUAUGUAUGUGGGGUGUGUGGGAAGAAGUACAAGUAUUAUAACUGCUUUCAGACACACGUCAGGGCACACAGAGAAUCAGAUAGCAUGGUUGCGGAUGGUCUCCCCCAGACAGCCAACAUCUUGUCUCCUCACUGUAGGCGCCUUCCCAUAGGUGACAUCCUAAUACCAGAUAGCUUCCGUUACUCCUGUGACAUCUGUGGCAAGAAGUAUAAAUACUACAGCUGCUUCCAGGAGCACCGUGACCUGCAUGCAGUUGAUGAUCCAUAUGAACAGGUAGUGUUACCUGUGGAUGGCCUUAAAGAGGAGGAGCCAGUUGAACCCUACCAGAAAAUCGGACCAAGGGAAAAAGCACUCGCCCACCUCCGCAGAGACCGCGGGUUCAACCGACGGCAGCGGGUGUCCCUUCAAACACAAUUGGCAGUGUUCGCAGAAACUGGGAGCUAUGUUUGUGAGUUCUGUGGGAAGCAGUACAAGUAUUUCAACCCCUAUCAGGAGCAUGUUGCUCUUCACACACCAAUGGGCUCCUUUGAUUUGAAGACAUCACGGGUACAGGAAUGUGGUAGCAUGGAUAUGAGUAAAUUUGGCCACAGCCAAGCUGGUAAGAUAAAAAACAGUCCAUUCAGGCGGAAACUGGAAAGUGCAAUUCAGUCUAGUCUGGUUGACACAAACAGCUCGCAGAAUUCGAGCGGAACUCCGAGCCCUCUGGUGGCCAGCACCUUCUCUGCAACCCAGAAACCCUACACUUGUGGUGCCUGUGGCAUCCAGUUCCAGUUCUACAACAACCUGCUGGAGCACAUGCAGUCCCACGCUGCGGACAAUGAGAACCACACCAAAGGGGACUCUCCCAAAACCUCCUCAGCCUCCGGUCCUCAAGAGCCGCUGUGGAGAGGCUCUCAGGCUCAGGCCCAUUCCUCAGUUAAACUACAAAUCCAGCCUCAAAGUAUCUCCCAGAGAAACAACACACUCAGCCAGAAUAAUGGACUACCUGAGAAGGAACGACAGCAGGUGGCUGAGCGCCUCUUACGGGUAAUGUGCUCAGAUCUGAGCAUGCUAAACGUGCUCAACAGCAAGGACUUCCUGAAGUUGGCACAGACCCUAGUGGAUACAGGUGCUCGUCAUGGUGCCUACUCCACCCGUGAUGCUUUUGGCAACAUGAGUGCCUUGGCACUGCGCCAGCUGCCCCGCAUGUACAACCAAGUCAAAGUCAAAGUCACGUGUGCUCUAGGCUCCAAUGCUUCACUUGGCAUCGCUGUCACCUGCCACUCCCAGACAUCAGGUCCAGAUGCUUGCUAUGUUCUAACAGCCUACCAGGUGGAGGGGUCGAGACUGAAGCGCUAUGUGCUCGGCGUGAGGGAGGCUGAGCUGAGGGAGGGGCCUGAGCAGAUUCACCACUGGGUGCAGAAUGUGCUGUCUGAGUUUGUGAUGUCAGACAUUCGCACCGUGUAUGUCUCAGAGCCCAGAGUGUGGGCGGCAGGAUUUGCAGGAUCACCACUUGGCGGCGGCGGCCGGAGCAGGAUAUGCUUGCGAUGCGCGGGGUGUUCUCUCGGUGCAGUCGUCCAGGCUGUUCUCGGGAAGCGGAGCCUCCAGGCUCGAGGUCUUCACGAGUUGGCUGAGCUUCUCUCAACAUGCCGAGAUAUCGCCUCCUCCACCACUCUGUCCCUUCGUGAGGAGCCGUGCACCAACACAUCCACAAGCACAACUGAGGAAGGUUCACAGAGCAGCCCCGCACAGUGCCCCACCCCUCCUUGCUGGGAUCGUAUGGCUGAAGCUCUUCUGCAGGUCCAUGCACACUUUGAACAAAUUUGUGAGGCUUUUGGACGCAGCAAGGCCACAGCUCCACUCCUCCAAGGUCUCAACAAGCAUCUGCUGGGCACGCUGGCUUGUCUGCUGGCACCUCUGCGUCUGGCAGCUCUGGAGCUGAGCAGUCAGAGGAGACCAACGUUGCAGCAGGUGCUGCCGGUCUACCUACGCUUGGAGAAGUUUUUCACAUCCAAAGCUGGAGAGGCUGGAACUGGCACGGCUAGCAAACUCUGCCACUACUUCCUAGAAGCACUGAAGGAGAACUUCAAGGUUGAACGAGCCCACCAGGUAGCCAUGGUCCUGGAUCCACAACUCAAGCUGCGUUCAGUGCCAGCCUACCAGCAUGAAGACAUAAUCUCCCGUGCAUGCGAAAUGGCUGCUGAAACCAGGGAUGGAGGUAUGACUGGUGGUGGAGGCUCAGGUGGUGAAGAGCGGGACACUGACGGCCCACCAACUCCUAAAAUAAGCCGCGUAGAGGGUGCGGGAAACAAUGGCGGCACCUCACGGGGGACCUCCUCAUCUUGCUCUGUGUCUGGUAAUGAUGAGAGUCAGAGCCAAGUUAGACAAGAGAUUUUUCAAUACCUGGCUGAGCCUCUUCUCCAAGGCACACCUGACCUCUUCCAGUACUGGAGCACAGCAGUGAACGAGAAGUUCCCCAAGCUCGCUCGCCUGGCGAUGUGGCUCCUUGCUGUGCCUGCUGUGGGCAUACGCAAUGAGUGUGUGACUGUGUGCGAGCAGAGCCUAGCUAUGAAGAGGAGGCAGCAGGUAACCGCUGAGGAGAUGAACAAACUCAUUUUCCUUCGCUCCAACAUGGGCUAGGAGAGAAACUCAGCCAACCCUAAUCAACCAAACCUUCACCUCCAACCAAUGACUGAAGACUAUUAUUUAUAUACUGUAGGUUUAGACAACUUAAAUGUGUUAAAUACUUCUCCAGACAGAUAUUUACAGGAAACUCACAUUGUAUAGGUUGCAAACACCCAUAAAACAAUACGGCUUAUUACAUAUUUUAUAUGGAGAAAGGACUGUUGUAAAGUACUGUGGACAAAAUGUAGGGGUGGAACGGUAACACUCAAAAGAUUGUCCCGUUUGGUACGCCACCCUCGGUUUGGGAUGCACAUGUAAGCAGGAUCAGUCUUAUCAUGGCCAGUGAUUUGAAUUACUCCAGCCUAAUGACUGCUCAAGGCUAUAAUGCUGUUAUUCUCACUGGAUGGCAACAUUUUCAGGUAAAGUCAGCUUUCACUGCUUGAAACUACCGUCAUAGACCUCUGAAAACUCACAGCAGUACGUACUGUAGCAUGUACAGUAUAAGAAGGAUGAGUUUCAUUGGUGUAUGACAUAAAAAUUCAAGAGGUGAAUCUCCACUGCCAUUGCACCUCUGACACUUAAGUGUACCAGGUUUAUGAUUUACCGUGUAUCACUGAAGAUUAUAUUUUUCAACAUACUCAGCCACGGGAAACAGUCAGGUAUCACAGCUAAAUCAUUGCAGCUAAUUUGACGGUCGCUUCUGGUGACCUAAAAAUUUAGCUGUCGAUCAUUUGCAUGCACUGCACUGCAUGCAUUUUUAAUUCAAAGGGUAAAACAGCAGCUGAUAAAACAUUAAUAUGAUGCUUUCCAUUUCUGUUUAUGUUACAAAUUGUAAAGAAAAGUCGUCCAAUGGUUUGUUUUCUUAUUAAAAUUAACUCGAGAGGUCUUUUGCUGCUAGAAUUGCAAGUCAAAUGGCUAGAUUUGCAAAGAUGGGCCUAUACCAUGAAGUUUUCUUGGAUAAAAUGAAGCUUUUGGUCGACUUUUCUUAACAUGCACAAAGAGGACAGCAUCAUAUUAGAAUCUGUUUGUGGUCAGCUCUUACACUGAUUUCAUUUAGCCUUACCACAGCUGGAUUGCACCAACAGGGAAUUAAAUAGCAUAUUGGUUAUAUUAUCUUUUAAUACUUAAUGGAACAACCCAGCUUGUAUGUCAGUAAACACACAAUAAUGACAUCUAGAGGCCAUUUUGUCUGGCCAGAUGAUAGUUUCCAGAUACUUCAGGAAUCUCUGUCACAUCAGUCAGCUCUGUGGGACGUCAGUACACUUCUUCUUACCGGAGACAUUCUGCCUGUGCAUUGCCCUCAGAUAAACAGCAGUAAUGUUAUUAGCCAUCAGCUUGGUAAGCUUGUAGGCAAGGAUUUAAUUCAUAAUUGCAUAAAUCCUUGUGUGGUUGCCCACUGUGUGUAUGUGUGUGUUUGUUUUGUUUUUUCAAAGCUUAAUUAGAAAAGACUUGUCCAUAGGAAAGUUAUCAUUAUUAUUUUAUUUAUUCUUUUUUGCCUCAUUUAUCAUUUUAAUGUAAACAUUGUCUUCCUUGCGAGCUACACAUUUCCAUUUUUAAAGCAAUAAGCUUUAUCAUAGGGCAUAGUUUCCAACUCUAUCUCCUCAAAAUGACUGUUUUCAUGACGUUCUUACAGUUAAUUAUUAAUGGUAAAUUAUUUUCUUUGUGAAAUCAACUCUCAGGAAUGAGUGCACCCAAGCAGGCACCGCCACUUUUUCCUCACUGUACCGAAAACACACCGAACUGUGACCUCAAUGCCGAGGUAUGUACUGAACCGUGACUUUUGUGAAACGUUCCACCCCAAAUACAGUUAGUGCCAUUUGCAACAAACGAAGAAUGGGUCUCCGAGGGUUUAUUUUUUUUACAGGAUGAAGCAGCUUCUGCCAGUACGUUAAAAUCAACACAUGCAUCCUAAUGAAGUCAACUUAUUUAUUUUUUUAUGGAUUCUAGUAUACAUAUAUGCUAGCUAAUACCUCCUAAAAUGACUAGGGUGAAUGGAAGUUAUACUGUACAUUUGUUUGUUGCCUUUGGUACUAAUUAGUCAAGUACUAGUUUGUCAUCUCUGUUUUUGGGCCUUAAGUCUCUUUCAUGCGCCACCUUAAAGGGAUAGUUCAGAAUUUUUAAGGUUGGGCUGUAUGAGUUACUUAAAUAUAAUCAGUGUAUUACCAACAGGAGAUGGCGGUCAGCAUCCUUCCAGUUUGGAGAAAUAAACAGGAGUACUGCCAAGGAAGCAAAGCAAUAUACUGCUGUGGAUGGGGGCAGCAGCAAAAAUGUAUUUUAGCCACCUAUAAAAAAGACCCAAAAAUCUCUAUCGUCAAUCUAUAUCAUUCAAAGUGUGCACUAUAUUUAGAAUAUUUUUACUGCUUUACUUUGCCAUUAGACUGUUCCUUCCCACUACAUUUUCUCAACUGCAGGACUUCUGUAUUCCUACGCAUAGGCCCAACUAUGCCAAAUUGAAGACGGUCCACAAGACAUUGGCAUUCGGGGGACUCUGGAUGAUUGUUGAUUCAGACUGCAUGUGAGGCACUGGCAUCCUCUGCCACAGCCAGUUAGCUGGUGCUCUUUCUUGGCCUCCAGUUUCCACAGAAAUUUCCCCUUUUUCUCUCUCGGCCCAUUAAGUCUCCAUCUACAAAAGUUCCUCUGUAUACUGUGGUUCAUAAAGGUUUCCCCUUGUCGCCACAGUGAACGUCAUUUUGUCGUUGCUGUCACAAAUUUGUUGUCUCUUCCAAAAAAAUCUGAAAAUCUGACCUAACAGCUGAUCUGUGGUAUAAUUCAGUGUGCGGCACAGCUGUGCUUAUUUGUAGGAAUACAGAAGUUCUACAGUUGGCAAAACAUAGUGUUAAACAAGCGGCAACCUCAGGCUGAGAAAUGAAUCCAAUGCGCAAGUGCCAAAACUGCAGUUCCUUGAAUGGCCACUUGAGGCUGGCUCCAAAACAGCGUAAAUCCCUUUAGUCCCCCAUGUUAAAAUGUCCAACUUCUCAGCAGAUAUAAAUAGUUUACAGCCUGGUACAAAAAACAGUUUUAGUCUCUAUAGCUAAUUUCAACAUUCAUGACAAUUGUACGGGGUUGAAUUUUUUUUAAUACUCUUCCAUUCACAUUUUAUUAAGGCUUAAGGUUAUGCAUAUUUAAGGGCGGGGCCGCCUGAGUGACAUGCAUAUUCCACAUAUAGCACACACUUAAACUGAUUUUUUUUUAGGUGGCUAAAAUAGGUUUUGCUGCUCACCCUGUCCACAGCAGUAUAUUGCUUUCCUUCCAUAACAGUACUCCUGCCUGCUUCGCCAAAUUUAAGACAUGUCGUCAGCCAUCUACUAUAGGUAAUCCACUGACUGUAGAUAAGUACCCCACUUCAAAAAAUCCGAGCUCUCCCUUUAACAGUCAGAGCCAACAUCAUGCCUUUUUAUUGCUGUUAAAUGGCCUUCUUUUCACCAUCUUUUCUAAAGCUUGUAGUUUUUUUCCCCACUCCUGUAGAUUCAAAAGAAUCUCUGGCUGAUGGUUUGAAACAGUGCCCUCCAGUGGUCAAAUGUGGAAAAAAUCAUUAACAACUGUGGUAUUUGACAAGUGCUUUAUUCCAAAGUUCAGGUCAUCUCUUAAUUUAAUUUCUAUAUAACAGGUCAGGAAUUAUUUCCACAAUAACAAUAACACACCCAAGCACAAGUAUCCACUGUAUAAACUUAUACUCAGAACCAUGGAAAUAAAAUGAACUGUCAUUUUAUUUCUGUACCGUAAACCUAUACUCAGUAGGUCAGGUCUUUUCUGGGGUCAUACCAGAGCAGAGAGAUUUAACAAAACAAAUAUUGUAAUAUGAGUGUUUCAUUUGGAAUUUGUUUAUCUUAAUAUUUGUAAUGCAGCUUAAAUAUCAUUUGAUCCUAAAGGGUUCAGUACAGUUAGAUAAUUUCACUGCUCCACAUGGAUGAGAGGCUAUAUAAUCUACCCUUUGAAUUAUAUUCAGAUAUUAAACACUAAUAGUCAUAACUGAAAAAAAUCAACUUUAAGAAAAGAACAAAAAAAACGCCAAAACAUUGUAUUUAUUUUGUUUCCUAGCUUCCCAGUUCAACGUAAUGGUCCAUUGUGUAGGAUUCAUGGGCAUCUAAUAGCAGAAAUUGUGUGUAAUAUUCCUAACUAUGUUUUCAUUAGUUUAUAAUGACUCAAAAAGAGGAAUCAUUGUGUUUUUGUUACCUUGGAAUGAGCUGUUUUUUAUCUACAUGUGAGACGGGUCCUCUUCCAUGGAGUUUACCAUAUUGUUUCUACAGUAGCCCAGAACGGACAAACCAAACACUGGGUUUAAAAUGGGCCAUUCAUUUUUUUUUGUCGGCCACCAUACUUCUCCUACACAGUUGGCACACGGGAGAAGUUUCAAUUCUGCAACCUCACCGCUAGAUGCCACUAAAUCCUACACACUGGACCUUCAGGAUACGGUCACAUUACUCCUCUGCCCAACAAAUGUUCACUCAGUCUGCUGUUAAUUUUAGUUGACUUGGACGAAUUCAAGCAUACGUUUCCUGUUAUGGUUCAUCUUUGUUUAUCUUUGAUCUCGCUGAUGUGCACGGUUACUCAGUAGGAUCACUGCUGAACUGUGCACACAUAGUAACUUUAGUACCCCUGCUCUGUGGCACCAACUUAUUUAGCCACGGUUUCAGGUUUAUAAUCACACUUAAAAAUAUUUAUUUAUGACCCAGGCUGCAAUUGUGAUAUGUUCUUCUUUGAGGCUGAGAGCUGGGCAAUUUUGUUAAAUGUGACUGUACCUUUAGGCUGUAAAGGACACAGGAAGUGGAAAGUAAGAAGUCAGUACACUGCACAUGGGAUAUUACAGGGCAUUUGAGUGAAUGGUCUAAAGUGCAACGCCAAGGUCCAGCUAAAAAUAUUUCUAGUCCACCUGAGUGUCAGUUUUCAGUUAUGUAUUAAAUUGUCAACUUCUUUUAUAAAUGCUUUAAAGGUUGAAAAUGCUUACCUGUCAAUCAAAGGUGAACAGCUCUGCAUUGCAAACUACAUCAGAUUGUUUUUAACAGACUGUUGCCCUCUUUACCUCCAUUAACAGCUUUGAUGUAGUGAUUCAUAAAUGUUCUUUUUAUCCUCUUCUGUAAGAGUAACUUAACACCAGGCUGUAAACUACUUUUGCUGCCCUCUCUUGUUGAAGGUCUUCUCCCUGUUUUACAAUCAGUGAUGCAUGGUUGUGGUUAGAAAUGUGGCCUGUCGCACCUCUAACCACACCCAACAGAGCAGUGAUGUCUUUGGGGUUUUGAAGUGCACCUGUACAUCUCUGUGUGCAACCACUGGAGGUCAGCAAAGACAAAAUUUUCAGGGGGUCUUAGGUUACUCUGUAAUGGUUUCUUAAACUGUCUCAUUUUUUAUUUUGCAAUAAGGUUCAGGAAAAAUAACUCUUUCACUCACACGUUAACACAAUCUGUUAUCUGUUUUCCCUCUGUAAGGCUUGGGGAAUGUGACUUCAUUCAGUGUAACCAAGACGUACAUUAUUUCAUCAUAAUAAUCAAUAUGUAUACUGCUGUUUGCAAACUGAUUAAUGUCACACUUAUAUUUUGGUUAAAAAAAAGAUUGCUGUAUAUUAUAUUUGAAAUUUAAUUUUUUUAAAGUACCAAUCCAAUGUUUUACCUCAGUACUCAGAAGGUAAUGUCGUCAUUUAAAGAUUGAAAAUCAGAUACAAAAUUUAGCUCUGGUCUAAGAUAUAGUCAAAAUACUGUACAUUGAUUUGCAGUCUUAGCGGUGAUCCUCAAUUGAACUGAUGAAGGGAUUUUUCUUACAGUUUUUAAAUAAGUAUUUUAAAUAGGAUAUGCUCUGGGACAAAAUGCCAUGGUUGACGUAAUGAUGUCAACAUGAUUUUACUUAGAAUAGCGUUCUUUUUGUUGAUUAAAUACAAAUUAUAUCUAAGAUAUGCAUGCUUUUAAUAAGAGUACUGAUAUAUAAAGUUAGAGCCGACAUGAUUCACUUCCAUCUGUUGAGAAACACUGGCUUUAUGAGUAGACAUUACCUUGAGACACUCAUCACGAGUCAGACAAGCAAGCGGGACUGAUAAUGAACCUUUUGAGGUGGGAGUAGCGACGCUGAUCAUGGGUUGGUGUUAAUGGGUUGACAUCAUCCAUUUUCAGAAGAUGUAUUAUGUAAAUACAUGAGAACUGCUGUUUUUAUGCCACAAGGGGGAGCCUUCAUUUCAGAGAUACAGUAGGGAACACCAAUAACAUUAUACCUCUAUUUUCUACAGUAGCAUUUCAAAAGGUUUUUGAUAUAAUAGAAAACUCAAGUUAGAUACUGUUAUUAGACAACUGAAAUCAGCUGUAAGUUUUAUUUUGUUUCAGGAUUUUAACUUAUUCAGAUAAUAAUUGUAAAAUAUGGUAUAAGAAUGCAAACAUGGAGAUCUUUUUCUGUUUUAACUAUGGAUUAUAGUCUGUAUUAUCAAUUCAGGUUAAGAAACUAGUGUUGCUUUCAUCCUAUUUUACAGGCAUUUCUUCCUUUUAUACUCUGCUAAAAUGCAAAAAAAAAUGGGUUUGAUUCUCUUCAUUUUGUCUUUUUUAUCGCACUUUGGCAGCAGAUUCCUGUGUAGCUUCAGAUCUGAGUUGUCUUAUUAGUAAGCCUAAUUUAUACUUUUGUAGCAACACUAUUUUUAUAUAAUGGCGAAGAAAGGGUUCAGUGUCUUUUUCUUUUGUUUUUCCUGUGUCAUAUGUGGCAGCGCUGUUCAAUGUUUCUUGAAUACAUUACCCACUGUAGUAUGUGAUGUGUGAAUAAACUCCAAAUCUGUGUCAACACUGUGGUUUAUAUGCAGUUAGA